UAAAAUUUGACAUUUUAGACAUGAAAAAAUUGUCAUUUGGAUUUCCUUAAGGAUGUGCGCCUGCCCAGCUAUUAUACUCAAAAUCGCACUAUUGAUCUCAAUAGCCUGUGCCAUAGCGUUCGAUGUCAUGGAAAUACUAUCCGACUCUGUGAACACGACCACCAAUCCGGUUCUUAUAAAGAUUAACUCUGGGGCGUGUUUUAUUGCAUUUGUAUUCAUGACAAUAGGACUGUAUGGAGCGCUUAUGAAUACGCUCUGUAUUAUUAGGCUGCUGUUAAUCGUCUUGGUGGCAUUUUGCCUUUUUAAGAUAGUUCUGUGGAUAGUUUGCGUGAACCUGUCGCGAGCCCUAGCCGAUGCCUUCACUCAGCUAUGGUUUCAGCUCAAUACUGCGUCUUCGAUAAUCUGUGCGGUUCUGACGACUAUGUUCUGCAUGCGGCUGCAUGAGCAAACUCGGGAGUUUCAAUUAGGCUUUUAACCUAAGGUUUUUGUGAUGUUUUUAUAGAUAUUAUGUGACCUCAAAGUGCUGAUGAAGUUGUUGAUAUCGGCAGGCGUGGCAAUUUGUGGGUUGUGUGGGUAAUCAAAUUACAUGCGGAAUUAUGGACACCCGCAGGACGAUAAUGGCAGCCAAUAAAGAUGACAAUGACAAGAUAAGCGCGGGCAGGAGCCGAGGAUGUGACCCCCGACCGGGGUCAUCUGUUGGCUCCAUUUCCGUAGCUUUAAAUGAAAUUUAACGAUGCCCACAAAUAAUGAUACUUUGCAUUUUAAAACACUUUUCACCAGUCGGUCAGAAGUCAGAUGUCUGGGUCCCGCACAGUCCAAUGCUCAUUACACGCAUUUCUCUUCACACUUUUAUUGGCAAUGGAAACGGAAUGGAUGAAAAUGCGGAAAAGCGGGUCAUUUUAUGGCCAAGAACGGAUGCCGAUAAGGGCAUUAAAUUUGUUUCAGCCAUAAUGUCGCUGGCCACAUCACUCAGCAUUUGGCCAAUUACGCAAAAUAAAAGUGUACACCCUCCGAGAAAUGUGAAACGUGUCAAAGUGCUGGAAAUGCAGCGAGGAUUCAAGGAUGUGAAGUGGCUCAUUAGAGGUGUGUGCGCUGCCCGAAGGUUUUUCUCGGGAAAUUGGGUGGAAAAACGCUCUCUAAACUGGCAUUUUUAUACAAAAAAGAAAUGCUCAAAGCCUUUAGCCAGAAACAAUGCCCUCUUUU